CGCGCGCAAGCGCACAUGCGUCGUGAACGUCGUCCUCGCUAGCGGAACUUCAGCUUUCCACUUGCAAAGAAAAAGUUCGGCUGUCCUGAAGCGUUUUUCCCAGCUGUCUUGGUGCGAGCCGCCCCCUUUACGCACACACGUAGCUAGCAGGAGCAGAUUCCGAAAAGCAGCUCUUACCAGUACUUCGUGCUUAGUCAGUUAUCGCCCGUGUGCCUUCUUAUUUGAUUCGUUACGUUAAUUCUGCCAGCAUGUCGUCAGUGAAACAAAGAAAUAAACACAACGUUCAAGAGAAAACGAGCCAUACAUCAUUUGAUGACGUGGCAAAGAAGAACUCCAAGGGAAGUAAAGGUGGCGCAUCCCCCGGGCCGGGGAUUUGGGGCAAACUUUUGAGCGUCCUGCUCUACCUGUCCCUCAUGUUCGCCUUGGGAUUCACUGGCUUCUACCUUCUCCAAGUUACCGAGCAAAUAAACCGGAUCAGCGCCUUGAAUGAAGCAAGCGAGCAGCGGAGUCAAGAGGCACUCCAGAAAGCGCAGAAUGUCCUUCAGCAGGUGGACUCAGUGAAGAUAACUGUGGGGACCAUUGAUUCAUCUUUAAAGGACACCAAGAAAGAACUAGAUGUUAUCAGCAAAGCUGUCCGGAAGGGUGAGACUGAGACAAUGCGUAUUGAAGAAGUCCUAGAAAAGUUACAAAAAGAAAUCCUCCAAGACUUGUCUGAUGGCAUUCAAGAUGUAAAAGAAGGGCGUAAAAAAGACUUUUCUUCCCUAGAACAAACAUUGGAAGAGAGGUUGACUGAACUAACAAAGUCAAUUAACGAUAAUGUCUCUCUCUUCACUGAAGUGCAGGGGGCAACACAAAGAGAGCUGCAAAACAUCAAGAUGAAGAUUGAUGCAGUGGAGGAUCUAAGCCUUCUCAAGUAUGAGCUGCAGCAGAUCACCACAACAGUGGCAGAUUUGCACAAUACGGUAAAAGUGCAAGAAGAGAUGAGCCAGUCCUUCACAAACCAGAUAAGCUCUCUGCAGUCCGAGGUUCAGACUAGAAAUGUGGAGGUCGUGUCCACAGUCCAGGAGUUUGAAGAACUGAAGGGGAUGGUGCAGGGAACUGCAAACAGCCUAAAACAGGCUUUAGCAGAUGUUCAAGCCUCUGUCCAGUCUCUUUCUGAAGCAGUUCAGAAAAAUCAAAAGGAUCUGGAGCAGGUCACAUCUGGUUUGGGCAAAUAUGAGAAUAUGAUACUUGAAAAUCCAGUCCAUGCUGCAAAUAUUGAAGGGAGCGAGUCCAGACUGAAAGGAGUCGAGGACACCCUUGAAGGUCUCCAAGUUUCACAUGGUGAGCAUUUGGAAAAAAUAGAAUCCAUUCUUUCAAAAUAUGAUGGCCAUGACAGCAACUUGGCAUCUUUGGCCAGAGAUGUAGAGAACCUAAAAAAAUCUGACACCGAGGCACAAGAGGUUAUCAGCAGGGAUCUUGAAGAGUUGAAGAAAGACAUGGCCAGCCUGCGAAGUGCUGUGACGUCAACUGACCCCGUUAAUGAGAUUUCAUCUUUAAAUGAUGAGCAUAAACAGCAAAUCAAGAAUCAUGAGGACAGACUAGUUAAAGUGGAGGGCAUAAUUGGAAGGAAUUUGCCAGAAGAAGGGAGCAAUUCAAAGGAGGCCGAUUUAAGUGAAUUGAAGUCUUCAAUCGGCCAAACAAAGAAUGACCUCCAGAUACUGAGAACUGCUGUGGACAGUUUAGUGGCUUACUCGGUAAAGAUUGAAACCAAUGGCAAGGAGCUUGCUUCCCUUAGGGACACAAUGGACAAAAUGAAAUCUGCAGUUGACAUUCUAGCAUUGAAAUUUGAGCAGGUCCUAGAGAAGGUCUGAGGGGAAGUAGCAUCAUGCUAACUAGAUUAGGGUAACAAUUUUUAGAGAAAGUGGACUGCUGGGAUUAAAGAAAACCUUUGACGUCACGCUGCAGACUUUUAAAUGGUGCAUUUAGGAGGGGCAGUGUUUACAUAUGUGAUGCGCUGGAAGCAGUGUGUUGUGGAUGAUUUUAGGGGAGUUUUCUUAACCUAAUAAAAUUUCCCAAUCCCUUUUUCUAAAAAAA